GAACUCCACUAACGCUGCCAUUUGGUUUUGCGUGCGUCUGUUUGCCAUUUCUGCAAUAGUAUGAUACAGCAUUACUGUACUCUAUUCAUCGAAUGAACCAAGCAAAGCGCUUUUUCUGUCUGGCAUUUGUAUACAAACAGACACGGACAGAAAACUAUCUAGCUUCGCCCAGAAGCGCUUGCGCCCUGUAAAAAACAAUAGGGCUCGUUCAUAUUGCGAACGUUUUGGUGAGAAACGAGAAAUAUGUACACAGUAUUUUUUUGUAUAUUGCGAAAUUUUCGAAAUCCUUCAAAUUGCUUUCUUAAAAUGACGAGACCUCGAAUAAGGGUUUGUAUAUAUACUAAAAAUAACUGAUGUGUAGGGAUUCUCUGAAAUGAAAUAAUAUAAUAUAAAAAUAUAAUUGAUGAUUAUCUAUAUUUCUUUUAAAAUAAAAUUAGUUACAUUUUAUUCACUUUCACUCUCCGACAUAUCAAUGUCAUUUCCUACGUUUAUAAUUAAAUUUUCACUUAACCCUUCGAAGUUAUGAUCUAUUUGAUUCAUUUUGGGCUCUAUAACGUCUUCCACGUACUUGACACAUUUUUUCCAUUUCUCGGGAGUAAUUUUCUUAACUGCAGCAUGAAAUAUUUUUUUACGUCAUUCAUUUUAAAAGUUACGUUAUUUGAAGCAACGUCUCCUUUUAUUUGAGCCCAUAUUAAUUCAAUCGGGUUAAGUUUGCAGUGAUAUGGCGGAAGGCGGAUCGCCGUUUUGUGUUUUCUUUUUGCGAUUUCAUCUAUUACACACGCCUCAUAUCGUUUUCUAUGCUCCUUGAUGAUUAAGAGUAGUUCUCGAUUUAGCCAAUUUUCUUCAAAUUGUAUUCUCUUUUAACCACUCAAUUAUUUCUUGUUUUUUACUAUUUGCAGUUGGAAGUCUUUCAACCUUCCUUGAAUGAUAUGAGGCGUUAUCCAUGACAAUCACCGCAUUUUCGGGGAGUUUUUCAAUUGUUUCCAUGAACCAAUUUUCAAAAUUUUCUGAAUUUAUUUCUUGUUGAUAGUCGCCUUGCUUCUUUGACUCGAACACGUGCAAUGCUCCUUCUACGAAACCUUCUUCGCUGCCGAUGUGGGUAAUAAUUAAUCGCUUCCCCUUGCCUGUAACAAAGAAUAAAAAAAUUUAAAAACAUGCGUUUGCAAAGUUAAAAUAAUAACACAUUGCUGAUAAUAAAAAUACAAUGGUUUUUAUCUUGUUUAUGACAGUCGACGGCCAGCCACCUGCGGCGACACUUUCAUUGACAAACAUACGCAAAUAGAUCAUUAACUCAUACACAAAUAGAUCAUUAAUUUUUAAGAAUGAAUUACAAUGAAACUUACCUGAGGGAUUCUUUAAGCCAGUAGAUAAGCCUUUUAUAAAAGCAUCACAUGCGCUGGUCACGGUUGUAUCCUUCCAAGUUUUAGAAGUUGUGUGACCUUCAUUCAGCCAGGUUUCGUCCAAAUAAUAUAUUUUUUUACCAGCUUCUCGGGCAUUUUUAAUUGCACAUAAAUAAUUUCUUCUCCAAACGAAUAUGUCUUAAGGUCUUCUCUAUCAGUCAAUAAACUGUUUCUGCCUCCUUUGUCAAAUUUAAGCUAUAAUGAAUGAAUUGUUUAAUUUCAGACAAAACAGAGCCAUAUUGGCCCUAAAAAAGAUAAAUGUAUGUAAGUACUUACAUUAAUUGACAUGCUCGAAUGAGGCCGAUGCUCUGUGGUCAUGGUAGAUCGUGGGCGAUUCCUUUCUUGUAUGAACAUCAUAGCUUGAAAUGCAUACCAUUUAGAAAUGUAUAUUUCAUCUCGUCCAGCACCGCUUCUUAAACUCUUAAAAUCUUUUACUUUUUUAUUUUCUUUGGAAAAUGUUGUUUGUAAAUUUUUUAUCUUUUUUUCUACUGCCUCCUUCCUGAUUUCAAAUGAGUUUGCUAUUUCGAGAAGAGUAUCGUUUUAUUUUAUUACGAUAGUUAUUGUGAAGAAUAUCCCAUAGUAAUGGUUUGUUUUUGUAUUGCUCGAUAAAUUCGAAAGUUCUUGCUCAUUCGUCCACGCGGUCGCCGCCAUUUUGCGCGUCACGUGACGAACUAUUCACGACCGCGAGCUUAACGGCUUGUACACAAAACUGCGAUGCGACGCGAUGCGAAUUCGCAACGCAGAAAAUUACGACACGAAUUGCUGCGAUGCGAUUUCGUGCGGCAAGGCGUCUCCCAGGGUGACCAUUCCUUCGACGACCGUUAACCGUACUAAACGUAUUUUGAAUUGAAAACUAGGUCGUGACAUGGAUCGUAAAAAAAAAUGCGCACUUUUAUUAUUGCUUAGGAGAUACAAGAAAAAGAAACAAAGAAGAUUUUGGGUUCAUCCAUUUAUUACUAUUAUGAAUCCCGAUGGAAACUAUUUUCUUCUAAAAUAUAAAGCUUUGAAAACCGACGAAAAAAAAUUUUUGGAGUAUUUUAGAAUGAGCAUAUCUUCAUUCGAAGAGCUUUUAAGUUUAUUAUCACCAUAUCUUCAGAAACAAUCGUACAAGGGGAGAAUUCCUGUUAUGCCUCUGGAAAUGAUUGGCCUCACUAUCCGAUUCCUAGCGACCGGAAAUGAAAUCAGAAAUAUACAUUUAGAUUAUUAUCGAGGAAUAAGUACAGUUGCUAAGAUAAUACGAGUAGUUUGUAAUGCAAUAUGGAAAUUUUGUUUAAAUGCAAACAUACCAAAAAUAACACAACAGCUGUUUGAAGAAAUAGCUGCGGACUUUGACAAGAAAGCCAACUUCCCUAACUGUAUUGGAGCCGUUGAUGGGAAACAUAUUCGUAUUCGUAGUCCCCCAAAAAGUGGAUCACUUUUUUUUAAUUACAAGGGCUACAAUUCAAUAGUUUUGUUGGCUAUUGUGGACUCGAAAUACAGAUUCAUCUAUGUGGACAUAGCAGCAUAUGGAAAGGAAAGUGAUUCCACUAUUUUCCAUAACACGAAACUGUACGACUUACUGAUGAGAGGUGAUUUGCCUACACCAACAUCAAGGCCGUUACCGGGCUUUCAAGAACCGGUUCCAUUUGUUUUUGUCGGAGACGAAGCUUUUUCUAUUUCGAAUAAUGUCAUGCGUCCUUAUUCUGGCAAGCAUUUGUCUGUUAAACAAAGAGUAUUCAACUACCGUUUGAGUAGGGCAAGAAGAUAUGUCGAGUGUACUUUCGGGAUACUGGCCAAUAAGUGGCGAAUAUUUAACACUCUCAUCGCCACCAAACAAACAAUUUUUCCACUUUACCUGGCCACGUGGGCUGCUCGCGCCCCACGUCCUGUCUUAUACUCCAAGCCAUGGUCUAUCUUAAGCAUCUUUUGAGGCACGCCACGUGGUACGCCGGCGGGACACGGUAUAAACUUUACCAACAGGCCGUGUGGUCCGCUGCGACCCUACGAUUUCAUAUAUUUUUUUUGCCUUUGGCUUGCGUGAUAAGGAUCUCCAAAGUGUUUUUUUCAAGAAAAUCGAUUAAUUACUUAUGAGUAAAAAAAAAACCGCGAAAUUUGAGCUUUAUUUACGAAAACUAAAAAACUUGAAAUGAAACAAGAUUAAGUGCAAAUCAAAAAACAUAUUUAUAUAUUUUAGCACAUAUCAAUGGAAAUUUGUAAUGAAAUUGUUAUGAAAUUAUGAAAAAAGUUACUUAUUCUAAAAAUUACAUUCUUUUCGUAAUUUGCGUAUGAAUUUCUCCAUAGCAUUCAGCGCAAACGCUUGGCUGGGACGGACACUUAAGACAGACAGUGUUUACUUUUUUUGUUUUAUUCCUAGCUUCUAGUGCUGAGAAACCAGCGGAUCUAUGCUUUUCAUAGCAAUGAAUGCACCGACGACGAACUAAUCUGCUUCUGUGGUCUGUGAGCAGUGACUUGCUGAACUUAUGUUCUGGCUGCCGAAGUGAGCUCUCUGCUGGAUUAGAGUCCUUUAUUCCCAGCAUCUGUAGACAGAGGUUCUCCCUAAAUUUUGUAAUGGUAUAAGUCUUGCUGUGCAGAUUCUUGUGUUUUUUAUAGGUGAUGUAAGCAUUUGUGACAGCAGUAGAAAACAGUAGAUCAACAGCAAGUUUCUGAAACCAACGAAUAUUUCUUCUAGCUGGACUAGAGUAACUCGCCAAUUGAUCAGAUAAAUCGAUGGAACACUUGUGUUUAUUAUAGUCAGCAAUUGUGGAAGGUUUCAACACUGUCUUGUUGGGAUUCCUCUUGCUUUUGCAACUAACAAAGCCAAUGGAGUGCUUCGUCGACAAAGCAAAAACUUCACGUUUGUCUUUCCAUUUGAGAACGAGAAUUCCGUCACUAUUUUCCAUUGCAAUCAUUUCACCCUUCUUCAACUUUUCCUGAAUAACUUUCUUCGGCAACCCUUUCCUAUUCUUGCGAAGAGUGCCAAUCAGAUGAGUAUUGUUAUCCAAAAGCUUUUUUGCUAGAUCAACGCUGGUGUAAAAGUUAUCUGUGACCACACUUCUGCCAACUCCCAAAUAAGGUUGGCAUAGCUUCAUCACUACGUCUGUGGCUACACUGUCCUGUCUAUUUGCCGUUUUUCCUUCGUACACAAUGAUGUCGAGCGCAUAACCAUCAUCGUCACACAGCUUAAAAAGUUUUAUUCCGUAUUUGUGGCGUUUGCCAGGAAUGUAUUGCAUAAAUGAUAUACGUCCUCUAAAAGCUACCAUGCUUUCGUCUAUGGUAACAUAUUCACCCGGUGUUUUCACAUUAUGAAAAUUUUUUGUAAGCAGCUCCAGAAACCGCCUUAUCCUUAUGAGGCGAUCAGCAUGACUA